AUGAUUGCACGGUCGUGUCGGUCACAACUCUACUACUUUGGUAGUAGGAAUAUCCGAGUGGCCAUCUUGUUUGUUGUAGCCAUUGCCAUACUUCUGACUGCUCGGGAUUAUAUUCGGUUGCCCAACCCCUGGGGUAUCGAGAAUGGGUUUCCAAGCCCCCGGGGUAUUGAUAAUGGGUUUACCGACCCCUGGGGUAUCAAAAAUGGGUUUCCCAACCCCUGGGGUAUUGAUAAUGGAUUUCCCAACCCCUGGGGUAUUGAUAAUGGAUUUCCCAACCCCUGGGGUAUUGAUACUAGUUUUCCCAACCCCUGGGAUAUGGAUAAUGGAUUUCCCAACCCCUGGGAUAUGGAUACUGGGUUUCCCAACCCCUGGGGUAUUGAUAAUGGGUUUCCCAACCCCUGGGGUAUUGAUAAUGGGUUUCCCAACCCCUGGGAUAUGGAUAAUGGAUUUCACAACCCCUGGGGUAUUGAUACUAGUUUUCCCAACCCCUGGGGUACUGAUAAUGAGUUUCCCAACCUCUGGGGUAUUGAUAAUGGGUUUCCCAACCUCUGGGGUAUUGAUAAUGGGUUUCCCAACCCCUGGGCAAAUAAAAUGAGAAAAUGGAACCCAGCACACAACAAGGAUCUAUUCCUAGUCCCAGGAGUGCGGCCUAAAGUUCACCAAGCAAAACCAAUGGACAUGACCAAGAUUCUAGCUAAUGUGGUGCAGUCAGACGCCAAAUCUCUGGAACACCCACUGCUCGCAUUUCAAAAUCCGGUCAACAUUCAACAUUCUAAAGAGAAUGCCGCCACAGUAGAGUAUAUCUCCACCAAGAUAAAAGUGGAAGUCGGUGUGAUAACUAAUUUAGAGAGUAACCUGACAUGUUGGUUUCAUAUAACCUUAAUAAACACUGGAAAGGCAGCUAUUUCUUAUGGAAAGUGGGAGAUAUAUUUCCAUUCCAUUCGCUUUCUUCAGUUAGAAGAUUUUCCGUACCCAUCAGGAAUUCUAAUCAAGGAUACUCCAUUGCGUUUAUUCCAUGUUCAAGGAUCCUUGUACCGUCUCAUCCCUGAGGAUGGACUAUUCCACAGUUGGCCUGCAGGCAGUGAAAUAACACUUCAUUUGGAGGCUAAAGCUUACCUUAUAGCCAGAUCAGAUUUCUUCCCAAACUGGUACGUGACAGCCCCCAAAGUCACACCUGUCCUCAUCCAAUCCACAACCAAUGAGAAUCUGGCAUUCGUCGAAACAUUUGACUCGCCCAGUAAAUGGAAGCGACGGACGAGUGAUCAGUAUAAUCCGUUUACUGCAGAGGAUCGAUUUAAUAGAAAUUUAGUGAUACGUGAUCUUGGACAUCCAGGAUCUCACAUCGUUCCAACACCUUUCCAAGUUAUCAUUGAUCCGUUGAAAAAAGUGGUCAUAGACACAAAGACUUGGGUAAUUCUCCAAAAUCCUAAAUUUUCUAAGGAAAUAAGCUUCCUUGCUGAUCUAUUGAAACUGGAGAUAAGCAGUGGAAAGCCUUCGGCUAAUUACAUAGAGUUUUUGGAAGACAAACUCCUACCUCUACGUCAUACUUUGUCUACAUUGAAUGAAGCCUAUUUUGUGGAAGUUCAAUCAGAUUCUGUAACCCUAGCAGCUAAUGAUCAGCCAGGAGCAUUUUACGCAGCGAUCACUCUGUACAGUUUAACACACAGAAUCAGCAAAGGAUCAUGGGAAAUUCCAGUUUGUGAGAUCCUAGAUCAGCCUCGUUUUACAUAUCGUGGCUUGCAUUUAGAUGUCGCUCGCAACUUCCAGUCCAAAGAGGAAAUUUUGCGUCUCUUGAAGGUCAUGUCAAUGUACAAGUUGAACAAGCUGCACCUUCACUUAUCAGAUGACGAGGGCUGGAGACUAGAAAUACCUGGUCUACCUGAGCUCACAGAGUUUGGUUCAAAGCGUUGCCAUGGUGAUAAAAACAAGAAGUGCCUGUUCCCUCAGCUGGGAUCAGGUCCUGAGGCUGUGUAUCCAGGAACAGGUUACUACACUGUCAAUGAAUAUCGCGAGAUCCUGAAGUAUGCAGCUUUACGUCACAUACAAGUGAUACCAGAGAUUGACAUGCCAGGACAUGGUCAGGCGGCUGUAGUUGCUAUGGAAGCACGUUACCAUGACUACCAGGAGAAAGGACAAGGAUUACAGGCCAGAAAGUACCUACUCAGUGACCUGGCUGAUAAGUCAGUUUACCUGUCUGCCCAGUCCUUUACGAAGUCAGCUAUCAAUCCGUGCCUGGAGUCCACAUAUACCUUCAUAAAUCAUGUGAUGAAAGCAUUGAAAGUCAUGCACCGUGACAUUCAACCUUUGAUGUUAUACCACUUUGGAGGUGAUGAGGUACCAAAUGGAGCUUGGGUUAAUUCUUCUGCCUGUCUUUCAAGUUCGUUGCAGCCAGACGUAGGGGACCCCCAGAAAUGGAAGGAAUACUUUGUGACCAGAAUUGCUAGGAUGGCGAAACAGGAUGAUCUAGAACUGGGUGUGUGGGAGGAUGGUAUAGUGGAUCACAACACUUCGGAGCCGUACAACCAAGACAUGUUGGGCUCUAUGGUAGGGCAUAUUUACACCUAUCCCUGGAACAACAAGUGGGAAUCUGGUACUGGAAACCAGGCCUACAGACUCGCCAACUCAGGCUACAAGGUUGUGAUGUCACAGGGUACUCACCUGUACUUCGACCAUACCCAGGAACCUGAUCCCGAGGAGGUUGGCCUUUACUGGGCGACACGCUUCAUUGAUUUGCACCAUGUGUUUUCCUUUAUCCCUCAGCAGAUAUACUGGAAUGCAGAUAUCUCCAGAUAUGGCAACCCACUUACCAAGGAUGAGAUCUGUAACUGGGGAGAGUGUCUUACGCUCCAGCAGCCAGAAAACAUUGUUGGUAUGGAGUGCCAUCUGUGGGGAGAAUUGUUGAGGUCACGUGACAUCACAGACCAUCAGAUGUUUCCACGAGUCAUCGCAAUGGCAGAGAGAGCAUGGCACCAAGCUCCCUGGGAAAGUGAGAGUGACGCCGCAGCACGACAAACACAAAUGAAUGCUGAUUGGUUGAGAUUUGCCAACACUGUUGGGUACAAAGAAUAUCCAUACCUGGACAGUCUCGGUAUCAAGUACAGAAUCCCGCCUCCAGGGGCUGUGGUAAAUAACAAGAAGUUGUUGGUCAAUAGUGAUGCCCCCGGCCUGGAGAUCCAGUACAGCCUUGAUUUUGGCAAUACCUGGCAGGAUGCUAGGGGAGGUCCUGAACUCACAGGGGAUGCCACCAUCUUCCUCAGGACAAUGUCCACAGAUAAAAAAAGAUGGAGUCGAAUCAUCAAGCUUCAGUAUGACCAUGACAAGGUCAAGGUCAAACAAAGGGCUGUAGAUGGACAGAUACAGGGACCAGUUCAGCCAGAAGAGGAUGAACAUCCACAACAAUUAAAAGCAGGAUCAUCUCAAGAUCAGACUGGACCCAAACCUCAGCAACAAUCAGCAGCUGAUCAAUCCCAACAGUAUAAACGAAGCACAACUUCAAAACCUCAAACCCAUACCAUACAGCCUGAACAAGAGAUGGCGCCAAAAAAAUCACAGGAACAAAUUCUGAUGGAACAAUUUCAGCAGCCAAUUAGAAAACAAAUCAGACAGGCAAGAUCUGAAAAACAUAUUGUACAACAAAACUCCCAGCAACAAACCGGACGAGAAAAACAUAUUGUGCAACAAAACUCCCAGCAACAAACCGGACGAGAAAAACAUAUUCAAGGAAUGAGACUUGAUCAAAUUGAAAAACAGACCCAGCAAGGGCAUUAUCAACAACCAGAUAAUCAGGGAAAUUCUCAAAGGCAAAAUGUAAUAGAAAAAUCCAAACAAUUUGACUUUGCACAACCUAAAAACCCGACAAAAGGACAUAAAACUACUGUAAAAUCUCCAUAUCAUUUAACAGUUGAUACACAGCCUGGACAAAAGAUGGCACCAAAGAAAUCACAGGAACAAGUACUGAUGGAACAGUUUCAGCAGCCAAUUAAAAAACAAAUUAGACAGGCAGAAUCGGAAAAACAUAUUGUACAACAAGACUCUCAACAUCAAAAAGCACCACUAAAUUCACAACAGCGAAAAAUGUCAGAAAAUUUACAACAGCAAAAAUUUUCAGAAAAUUCAAAACAGCAAAAAGUGUUUCAAAAAACUGGACAAGACCCAGUGUUCAAACAAGAAGCUCCAUUCAAAUCUUUACAAAGAAAUAUAGAUGACAUUGCAAGAAAACAAUUUAGUGGUAAAACUUUGGGAAAAUCUAAGGUAAAAGUUGAAGCCAAGCCUGCAAAUGUCCGGGUUAUCAGACAGACCAGGACAAUGAAGUUCUAUAGCAACAAAACCAUCUUAUUGAUCAAUCCGACCUCCUCCCUCUCCACAUCCCAGGACACCAUGCUGAGGAAACCCUAG